AUGUACGCAGAUAUCUUAGGUUAUACUUCUUUUAAAAAUUAUACUUAUCUAUUUAGACUUACACCUGUAUAUUUGUUUGUUAUGAUAUUAUUGGUAACUGUACUUAAUUACAUCUCUGAGGGGCCUUUCUGGCAGCCUAUUGAUCCAAACUUUUGUAGAAAUAGUUGGUGGACAAAUCUACUUUACAUUAACAAUUUUGUUUUACAGGCAGAUUCGUGCAUGGGAUGGACAUGGUAUCUAGCUAAUGAUUUUCAGUUAUAUGCUUUUGCACCAAUUUUAAUAAUUGCUCUGCAUAGGUAA